AUGGUAGAAGACACCAAAACGAGGACCAAAGGAAGCAGAAAAGGCAAGAACACCCAGGUUCGGGUUGACAAUAAUGCCACGAGCGAGAACGAGCCGGAGGCCAUCAAUGAUGAAGCCGACGAAGACACCGAUUCCGACUCCGACUUUGAUGAUGGCGACAAGCGAUAUAACUUUCGCACCCUAGCAAAGCUCCUCGAACCCGGAACGUACGACAAGAAACACCCGAAAUGGAGCCGCUCCCUCGACGAUGCUUUAAUCAACGCCCUGCGUGGAACAAUCGACACUACCGGAGAACACAAUGUAAAUUACCUCGUUCUAGAUGUAAUCAAGGAGUACCUUACUUUCAACCAAGUGUGGAGAAAGAUCGAAAACGGUCUCACGAAUGAAGCCACCAAGACGUCUCACAGACUUGCGCUUAUCUCGCAACUCAACGAUACAAAGAUGUUUAACUCGGACACCAGAAAGCUAAUUCAAGAGAUCCGGUCCAUACAAACCGAAAGCAGCCUCCUUGGCAAACCAUUCGCCGAUGAUACAUUGUUCUCGGCUCUGCAGAAAUGCACGAUCCGGCAUCCGGUGUACAAGGAGACGGUUGCCACCGUCCAUCAAAUCGAUUUCAACGCCCUUGCCACUGCACUAAGCAUCCGGCAGACCGCUGUCGAGAGCGUCCCCGCACAAAGGAUCGACCCUCGACAAGCCAGUGCUAGAACCGCCGGCAACGACGAUCAAAACGAACGGGCCAGAGAGACCGAAGCCGAAGCCGACAACAGCCACGCGAGCUCGAGGAAUGCAAGCAAAUCACGCCGAAUCCGAUGCUGGGUCUGCAAGCGACCGGGACAUGGUAUCAGUCAAUGCGACGCCUUGGUUACCAUUCCCAAGGACUCCCCCCUCGCUGAACCUAAAUAG